GGGUUUCCUCGCUGUAUGCAUUCUACAGCCCUCAAGCGGGCGUUUUUCCGUGCGCGUUGCGUGAUGGCCCCGCGGGUGGAGUUGUAUACUGCCUAUGAGCUGUCACCGAUCCAGCAAAAGAUCCGAGAGGCGAACCAGAGUGGUGAGUAUGGACCUGUCCCCAAGAAGUGUGUGGUCACUGGUGGCCUGGGCUUUGUUGGGCAGCGUUUGGUGGAGACCUUGGUGGAGAGAGGUGCCCAGCAGGUGGUGUCCUUUGACAUCGUACCCCCACCUGCGAACGUCUGGAAGCACGAGGCUAUCAAGUAUGUCACUGGCGACUUGUGUAGCCUGGCUGCUGUAGAAGAGGCAGUCCAAGGUGCAGAUUGUGUGUGGCACAAUGCAGCUGCAGUUGGGCCCUUCUUGCCCAAGCACUUCUACCACAACGUCAACGUGCUUGGAACGCGCAAUGUGCUCGAGGCAUGCAAAAAGCAAGGAGUACGGAAGGUUGUGUUCUCGUCCACACCCUCCUCACGCUUCACUUGCACGGACGAUGUCGAUGGCCAGACUGAGGCUGAGAUGCCUGACAUUCCUCAGGAGACCUAUGUGGCAGAGUACUCGGCCACAAAAGCGGAAGGCGAACUGCUCCUCCGACAGGCCUGCAAAGCCGGGGAGAUCAUGUUCAUCGCUGUCGCCCCUCACACAGUCUACGGGCCACGUGACAAUCUUUUUCUUCCAAACCUCUUAGAAGCUGCUGGCGUGGGCAAGCUUCGCAUUUUUGGAACUGGCAAGAGCCGUGUAGGUUACACUCACGUGGACAACUACUGCCACGGACUGAUCAUCGCAGAGAAGCAGAUCUACGAGAACUCUCCAUAUUUGGGCAAGUUCUAUGUUUGCACGGAUGGGGCAACCCACCCAUAUCCUGAGGGCUAUAGUAUCUUCUGGGAGGAGUUGGAUCAGGCAGUGGUGGGCAUGGGCUUCGAUUCGCUGUACAGCAAAAUGGCCUUGCCGUAUUUUCUUUUGAGGAUAGUGGCUUUCAUUUGCGAUGCAAUCAGUGCCAUGACCGGGAAAAAACUGAAGCUAGGUUGGUUUACUCUUCGGAUGCUUACAAUGAACAGGCGCGCGCAUUUGCUGAGGUUCAAAUCGUUUGUUGUCUUCUGAGUUUGUUUCCAUGCAGCACUUCUUGCAGCUUUGGCAACACAGCAAAGACGGCGUCAGUUUGUUUCCAUCCAGGGCCAGCAGUGUGCGUGUUUUUUCUUUUUUCGAAAGCCAGCCGAUACGCUGCGCUGAAGUUCUGUUUAGGCGAACGAAGUGAGUUUUAGGGUCUGUGUGCGGGCAUUGUUCAAAAAAGACAGGUUCGGAAGGGUGAUCCCAGAGCCUGCUGCGGAAGAGCGAAAAACGUUGGUGGACAGUCGCUAUAUGAGAGUUUUUGUGAUACGAGUGAUGCAACAACGGACUAUUUACAUUAUGAACUUCGCAUGACGGCAUCUCCGAAAAGCAGGUUCUGACGAUGAGGCCCUUGACAAGUCAGGACUUUGCCGAUGCCGUUUCGAUCUGUCUAAUUGAAUCUUGCGAGCUGCUGCUUGAGGUGAAUUGUCGGUGCGGGUAUGGAAAAACAGUGUGUUUUACAGAUCUAGAUGCAGAGAGCCGAAGAAAAGCCCUUAAGCCGCAUUUCUGGGCUGGUGCCCUUCUGAGCUUUGUUCGAGGGCAAUCUCGCAGCAAAAAAGGGCAUCACCAAGUUCACCAAGACUUUGUUGCUGCCCUUUUGUGCUUUGUUUGGUGGCCGUCUCGGGGCAAAAAGGGCACCUCCGAAAAGCGGGGUCUACUGUAAGGAUAGAACAUUCAUUGGAGCAAGACACGGCCUACGCAUCUUCGAGCAUUCUCAAUUGAAUCUUGCAAAUGACUUGGAGGUUUUGGGUCCGUGAAUCUGUGACGGAGUGUUGGAGAGUCUCACAUUGCUUGUUGGAACUUCUUGAGUGAGUCACGCUGCUGCAAGCGUUGGCGAGGGCUAGCUAGCAUUGUAGCUGACAACGUGUCUUAUCAUAUUUUGUGUGUUUCCAGCCUGGAACUCGGGAACGGGGUGACCUCGAUUAACUAUGCAGGUCUCUUGUGGCUCAGGAUCUCUAUGGCACCCUGUUCGUUUUUUGCCCAGCAAUUGUUUACAGCAUUUUAAGAAUUGUUCAAGUCACCUUGGC